AUGGCCGCGUCCACUUUAAAGCGUCAAGACGCAGCAGUGCGCCCACUCGACGGCCGCCCGGCAGCGCUCACGCUGGCGCCCCGGCCCCUGUCGCUGGCGCCGUCGCCCGUAAAGCGCCCGUCGCCCGCGAGCGACAGCCGCUCGUGGAAGCGCUUGUGGGCGCUCUUCUCUGUCGCCUGCCUCCUCUGCCUCGCGUGCCUCACCACACUGCACAACGCAGUGGCCCAUACCACUGCCGCCAACAGGUACACCAGCAGCGGUCUCUUGGCCCCGUGGCGCUCGCCGCGCGUGCUCGCGAAGCUGCAGCAGCUCUCGCACAUGUUCACGGCCGUCGACGCGUCCACUGUGAAGCGGCGCGAGACGCAGCUGCAGCUCGCGCAGCUCGGCGACUACGAGUGCCUCGCGUGGCGCCAGACGACCAACUGCACGCCGCAGGGCGACCCCGAGGCGCACAACGACCGCAACUGCUCGAGCGUCGUGCCCAGCGGCGUCUCGGGCUACUGCGAAGUGCGCCACCGGUCCACGGGCGACGUCGCGCGCGUGCUGUCGAUGCACUGCGCGUCGCUGCGCCCGGGCGUCCACUUUACGUGCGGUAUGUUCCAGAGCCUCUUGGCGUACAGUAUCCUGUCGACGGACUACGAACACGACGCGAACUUUUCGUACGCGCGGAACCAACAGCGCUUUCGCGCGGCGAAUGCACUGCCCGUCGCGGCGUCGCCGCUCAGUGGUGACGAACCGACAGCGGCAGCGCUGUCGUUCGAGCGCGGCAUUGUGCUCGUCGUGUACGAGAAGCUGUUGCUCGGCGCGUACGUGAGCGUGCGGUCGCUGCGGGCCAUGGGCUGCACGCUGCCGAUCGAGAUGUGGUACGACCCGCGCGAGACGGACGUGGGCCACCCGCUGGUGCAGCUCCUCGUGCGCGAGCUGCACGUGGGGCUGCGCGUGCUGGACGACCCGCGGGCCACGACGUUCUACACGAAGCUCUACGCGGUGUUCUACAGCGCGUUCGACCAGGUGCUGCUGCUCGACGCCGACAACUUUGCCGUGCGCGACCCCACGUAUUUAUUCGACGCGCCCGAGUUUGUCCACACGGGCGCCAUGUUCUGGCCCGACUACUGGCGCCCGGGCAAUACGAUCUUCAACAUCCAGGAGACGAGUUUCGUGUGGGAGUUCUUUGGCCUCACGUACACGGACGCGUUCGAGCAAGAGAGCGGUCAGGUGCUGAUCGAUCGACGGCGGCACUACAAAGCGCUGAACGUGCUCAUGUACUAUGGCUUUUCGCUGCCCCGAGCGUUCGAAGACUUGCGACUCGUGUGGGGCGACAAGGACUUGUUUCGCUUCGCGUGGCUCAAGACCAAGAGCCCGUUCUACAUGUCGCCGCGGCCGCCUGGCGCCGCGGGUACAAAGCAUCCCGACUACGACCUCUUUUGUGGGGUCACGAUGGUGCAGUACGAUGCCGCGGGCCGCGUGCUGUUUUUGCAUCGGAACACAGAGAAGCUCACGGAUGCCAACAACCGCAUCCUGUGGACGCACGUUCAGCAGUUUAAGCGCUCGUUGCCGGUGUCGGAGUACUAUGUGCGCGGCGCAAAUGGCGGCAAAGUGUUUCCACAGUUUAAGCGGUGCUUUGGCAAAGAUGUGCACUAUGAAAAGCUCUUUACGCUGAAGCCACUGAGCGCGUUCUCGUUUGAACACCUCGAAGACGAUUUGCUUCGGUACACUGCUGCCGGCGCUGAAGUGCUUCGACUUGCUGGCUACCACAAUGAGACAAUAUCUGAAGGAGCUGACUAG